AUGGCCAACACAAACGAGGCCGUCGGCGACCAGGCCCCCAACACGAGCGCCUCACCAGCUGCCAGCAUCAACCAUGGCCCUUCUGACGAGAGCGGGCACCGUCUCAACCUCAUCCAGACGGCGCUGAUUGUGGCUCCUGCCUACAUAUGCUUCGGUUACAAUCAAGCCGGCCUGGGUGGUCUGCUCACCGAGGACAACUGGGUGAAGACGUUUCCAGAAAUCGACACGGUCAACAGCACCGGGGAAACCAAGAGCAGGAGAUCGACCCUCCAGGGCUUCGUGGUGGCCACCUUUGUCAUCGGCGCCCUCAUCGGCGCCCUCUCGUGCUCGUGGUCGGGAGACAAAUUUGGUCGUCGCAAUGUCAUCUUCUUUGCCGCCGUGUGCAGUCUCAUCGGUAUCAUCCUCGAGGCGUCGUCAUUCGGCCUGCCGCAGUUCAUCGUGGGGCGUGUGAUCCUGGGCUUUGGUGUUGGACAGCUCAGCUCGAUCGUGCCCGUGUGGCAGAGCGAGACAGCGGGCGCGGCAAACCGAGGGCGACACGUUGUCAUCGAUGGCCUGUUCAUCUGCCUCGGAUACACACUCGAGUCGUGGAUUGACCUGGGCUUUUUCGAGUACAAGACCGGCCCCAUCACGUGGCGCCCUCCCAUCGCCAUUGCCAGCUUCUUCUCGAUGGUCAUUAUCGCUGCUAUCUACUUUUUGCCCGAGUCGCCGCGCUGGCUGGUGCUCAAGAACAGGAUCGACGAGGCCCGCCACGUCAUCGCUGCCUUCCGUGCCAAGCCGGGCGACGCCUUUGAGGUGCACGCUGAGGUGUCUGGUAUCGAACUCUCGCUGGAGGAGGGCACCGGCAAGAAGGUCAAGCUCAGCGACAUGCUCUCCAUGGGCGAGGACAAGCUGCUGUACCGCUUUGGGUUGUGCAUGCUCCUGCAGUUCUUUCAGCAGAUGUCGGGAACCAACCUGAUCUCGGUCUACGCCACCAUCAUCUUCCAGACCAACCUCGGCAUGAGCUCAGCCAACGCCCGCGCCCUUACUGGCGGCGCGCUGACCUGGAAGUUCCUUUCGUCCUUCAUCGCCUUCUUCACCAUUGAUCGUCUGGGCCGUCGCGCCGUCUUCAUGAUCUCGGGCGCAGGAAUGUCCUGCUGCAUGAUCGCGCUGGCUGUCGCCACAUCCUUUGGUGUCGAAAACCACUCCGCGCAGAUCGUUGCUGGUGUCUUCAUCUACCUGUUCAAUACCUUUGUGCCGAUCGGAUUCCUCGGUGCCAACUUCCUGUACUGUACCGAGGUCGCCCCUCUGCGUCUGCGUAUGGCCAUGUCUUCCAUCUCCACCGCGAAUCACUGGCUCUGGAACUUUGUCGUUGUUAUGAUCACGCCUGUCGCCAUUGACACGAUUGGGUGGCAGUUUUACAUUGUCUUUGCCUGCAUCGGCGCCUGCAUCCCGCUCUCUGUCUUCUUCUUCUACCCCGAAACCAUGGGCCGCAACCUUGAGGAGAUUGAUCUCCUGUUCAGGGACUCGCCGUCCAUCUGGUCGACCGUCAAGUUCGCCAAGAGCAGGCCGAUUGGUCUGCCGCAGGAGUUUGUUCAUGACAAGUCGAAGCAUGAAGUUUCCCAUCUGGAAUGA